AUGCUAAGGGUUGGGGGUCAAAGGUUCAUAAAACCACUUGAUCCAGUAUUCAAGAGAAAUUUUACAAAAUCAAUUCCCAUUUUAAAUGCCACUAUAGUUUCAGGAACCAAGCUAGCUAAUAAAAUACGAAAUGAUAUUGCUGAAAAAGUUGUAAACUAUAAUAAAGAACAUUUUGGAAUUGACACACCAGAGUCUUUUAAAUUCAAACCAAGUUUAUCGAUUGUCCAAGUAGGUUCAAGACCAGAUUCCUCAGCUUAUGUAAGAUCAAAAUUAAAAGCAGCUGCAAAGUCAAAUAUAAAUUCAAAUCUAAUUAAAUUAGAUGAGAAUAUAAGUCAGGAUGAUUUAAUAGAAGAAAUUGAUGCAUUAAAUAAGGAUCCAAAAAUACACGGAAUACUAAUUCAAUUACCUUUACCGAAGCAUAUUGAUGAAACAUUAGUUACAAAUUCUGUAAUUACAGAAAAGGAUGUAGACGGAUUUGACCAUUAUAAUGUUGGGCAAUUAUCUAAAAAAGGAGGAGUUCCUCAUUUCAAACCCUGUACACCAAAUGGAAUUAUUGAGUUAAUAAAAACCACUGGGGUAGAAUUGAGAGGAAAAAAUGCAGUUGUGUUGGGAAGAUCAGAUAUUGUAGGUACACCAGUUGCAACAAUGUUGAGAAAUGAAGAUUGUACAGUCACAAUAUGUCAUCGUCACACUAAAGAUUUACCAGAGGUAGUUGCACAAGCAGAUAUAGUCAUAGCAGCAGUGGGAAUACCGGAAUAUGUAAAGGCAUCUUGGAUUAAAGAUGGAGUCAUUGUUAUUGAUGUUGGUAUCAACUAUAUCAAGGAUACCAACUCUAAAAAUGGUCAAAAGUUAGUAGGGGAUGUUGCUUAUGAAGAGGUUGCAAAGAAAGCUGGGUUUAUUACCCCAGUUCCAGGUGGAGUUGGUCCAAUGACAGUUGCUAUGUUAUGUUCAAAUGUUUAUGAUGCUGCUGUUUUGCAUGCACAAAAGGCUCACGAGCAUAGAUUUAAACCAUUACCAUUACAUUUGAAAACCCCCGUACCAUCAGAUAUUGAUAUUUCAAGAGCUCAAAAACCAAAACUCAUUACAAAAAUUGCCAAAGAAUUGGGAUUACUUGAUAAAGAAUUAGAACCUUUUGGUCAUUAUAAAGCAAAAGUUGAUACAAAAGCUGUUAUUAAGAGACUAGAUGAGCAAGUUGAAGGAUCAGCUGACGAUAAGGGAUAUUUCGUUUUGGUUGCAGGUAUUACACCAACUCCAUUGGGUGAAGGUAAAUCAACUACAACAAUGGGUUUGGCUCAAGCUCUUGGUGCUCAAUUAGGAUAUAAUUCAAUUGCAAAUGUGAGACAGCCAUCUAUGGGACCAACUUUCGGUGUAAAAGGUGGAGCAGCAGGAGGUGGAUAUGCACAGGUUAUUCCUAUGGAUGAGUUCAAUAUGCAUUUAACGGGAGAUAUACAUGCAAUUUCAGCUGCCCAAAAUUUGUUAUGUGCUGCAGUUGAUACAAGAAUGUUCCAUGAAGCUACUUCCAAGUCUAUUGGCGGUUUUUACAAGAGAUUGGUUCCUGUUAAAAAAGGUAAGAGAGCAUUCACAAAUUCCAUGUUGAAAAGGUUGAAGAAAUUAGGUAUAAAUAAUUCUAAUCCUGAUGAUUUGACAUCGGAAGAAAUUGAGAAAUUUGCAAAAUUAGAUAUUGAUCCUGAAUCAAUAACUAUAAAAAGAGUUGUUGAUUGUAAUGAUAGAUUUGUCAGAGAAAUGACGAUAGGGCAAGGUAAAAACGAAAGAGGUUUUACAAGAAAAACAGGUAUGGAUAUUACAGUAGCAAGUGAGCUUAUGGCUAUAUUAGCACUUUCCAAUUCAUUGAAAGAUUUAAGAGAAAGAGUGGGUAAAGUAGUUAUUGGAACUCAGAAAGAGACUGGAGAAGCUAUAACAGCCGAAGACAUUGGAGUAGCCGGUGCCAUCACUGCGUUAUUGAAAGAUGCCAUUAAACCAAAUUUGAUGCAAACUGUUGAAGGUACACCGGUAUUUGUACAUGCAGGUCCAUUUGCUAACAUUUCAAUUGGUGCUUCUUCGGUCGUUGCAGAUAAGGUAGCUUUAAAAUUGACAUCACCAUCUAAUCCUAUUAACAAUGGACAAGCCGGAUUCGUUGUAACUGAAGCUGGUUUUGAUUUUACAAUGGGUGGAGAACGUUUCUUCAAUAUCAAAUGUAGAAGUUCUGGAUUAAAACCAGAUACUGUUGUUUUAGUUGCUACUACUAGAGCAUUGAAAUUACAUGGAGGUGCAUCCGAUGUUAAACCAGGUCAGUCAUUACCAUCUGAAUAUGUAACUGAAAAUCUUGAAUUUUUGGAAAAUGGUUGUGCUAAUUUAGCAAAACAAAUUGCAAAUAUAAAACAAUAUAACGUUCCAGUGGUUGUUGCAGUAAAUCAAUUUGAAACUGAUACUGACGCAGAAAUCAAAUUAAUUCAAGAACAUGCCAUAAGAGCUGGUGCUGAUUUUGCUGUACCUUCAAAUCAUUGGGCAAAAGGUGGAUUGGGUGCAAAAGCUUUAGCAGAAGCAGUUGUCGAGGCAGUCAAACAAUCGCCAGAGGGUCAGCAACAGUUUCUAUAUGAUAUUAAUGACUCGAUUGAGAAUAAAUUGAACACAAUUGCUCAAAAAAUGUAUGGAGCUAAGGACAUAGAACUUUCACCAUUAGCAAAACAACAAAUAGAAACAUAUACUCAACAAGGGUAUGAUAAUUUACCAAUAUGUAUAGCCAAAACUCAAUAUUCGUUAAGUCAUGACCCAGCAUUAAAAGGUGUCCCAACUGGUUUCACAAUUCCAAUUAGAGAAGUAAGAUGUUCUGCUGGAGCUGGAUAUUUGUAUGCAUUAGCUGCUGAAAUUAUGACUAUACCUGGAUUACCUACUCAUGCUGGAUUUAUGAAUGUAGAAGUUAACGACGAUGGAGAAAUAGAGGGACUAUUUUAA